AUUGGACGGAGCCAUACCCUGCAAAACCCUGCAAAUCCUAUCCACCAACAGGCAACAACACUUUGUUGAGCAAGCUUCCUUCGAAGCAAAACAACCCAACCCACCAUCUUCUUCUUCGUUUUCUUCUCUCUCUCUCUCUCUCUCUGUGAAAACAGUUUGCAAUGGAGUCUCUUUCUUCUUGUAUGCUCAGAAAUCAGCCUCUCAUUCGACCAGUCAACUUUUCCUCUAGUGGGUCGGUCUCAGUUCUUGGGUUUUCUUCAUCAUCCCCCAAAGCUCCAUUCUUUACGAGUUAUGGUAGGAAACAGAAUAUUGGGUUUAUAAGGGCCUCCGUAGCAGUUGAGCAACCGACCCAGAAGACCAAAGUUGAUGCCUUAAUCAAAAUUGGUACCAGGGGAAGCCCACUAGCACUUGCCCAAGCUUAUGAAACUAGAGAAAAACUCAUAGCAAUACAUCCAGAGCUUGCUGAAGAGGGGGCUAUUCAUAUUGAGAUAAUAAAAACAACUGGAGAUAAAAUACUUAGUCAACCACUUGCAGAUAUAGGUGGGAAGGGCCUGUUCACUAAAGAAAUAGAUGAAGCACUGAUAAAUGGUGACAUAGACAUUGCUGUUCAUUCAAUGAAAGAUGUUCCAACAUACUUACCAGACAAGACAAUACUGCCAUGCAAUCUUCAGCGUGAGGAUGUCCGCGAUGCAUUUAUAUCCUUAAGUGCAGCUUCAUUAGCAGAUCUCCCAGCUGGGAGCGUUGUUGGUACUGCUUCGCUCAGAAGGAAGUCACAGAUACUCCAUAGAUAUCCAUCACUCAAGGUGGAGGAGAAUUUUCGGGGCAAUGUCCAGACACGGUUGAGAAAACUUAAUGAAGGUGUUGUCAAAGCAACUUUAUUGGCAUUAGCUGGACUCAAACGCUUAAGCAUGACAGAAAAUGUAACGUCAGUUCUCUCAAUAGAUGAAAUGCUUCCAGCAGUUGCUCAAGGUGCAAUUGGAAUUGCCUGCCGCAGUGAUGAUGAUAAAAUGGCUAAUUAUCUUGCUUCAUUGAAUCAUGAAGAAACAAGACUUGCAGUUGCAUGUGAGAGAGCCUUUCUUGAGACAUUAGAUGGAUCUUGCCGCACUCCUAUAGCUGGAUAUGCUAGCAAAGACGAGGAUGGUAAUUGCAUAUUUAAAGGGUUGGUGGCUUCCCCUGACGGAACACGUGUGCUUGAAACUUCAAGAAAAGGCCCAUAUCUGUUUGAAGACAUGAUCAAGAUGGGAAAGGAUGCUGGGAAGGAGCUUCUUUCACAGGCAGGUCCUGGCUUUUUCGAUUAUUAAGUAACUCGACAAUAGAGGUAGAAGAGAUCACUUAUUUAUGCAUUUUUAGGUGAUAGCCACGAAUCAAUUUCCUUGAGCUGUUUUCUUGUUGGAAUUUGUAAUAAUGAUGAUGAUAAUUUGAUUAAUUGUAAUUUAGAUGAGAAAUCAAUUGUAGUAGGGUUAGGCUAUUUUUUCCGUGAAUUAGAAUGUCAAAUUUUUGUAA